AGGUGGAGGUCAUGCUCUCCUUCAUCCAGUCACAGAAUCCUAAUGACAGCAGGUGCUGCACUUUUGAUGAGCCUCUCAGUUCCUGUGGCUACAGUCAGUCAGAUGAUGAUGAUCUCAACUGGGAUCAGGUGAAUGCGCCCAUGAAGCCGUCCUCGGGUCAAGGGAUGCCAUCGGGUUCCUUCAUGCUGGUGAACACAUCUGGAAGAUUUGCCGGACAGAAAGCUCACCUCCUGAUGCCCCAUCUGAAAGAAAAUGAUACACAUUGUAUUGAUUUUCACUAUUAUGUUUCAAGCAAGAGUGGAGCUAGCCCUGGCACUUUGAAUGUAUAUGUGAAGGUUAAUGAUGGUCCUAUUGGUAACCCAGUCUGGAACACAUCUAUCACUGCCACUUGGAAUAGAGCAGAACUGGCAAUUAGUACUUUCUGGCCCAAUUUUUAUCAGGUAUGUCUUACCUUUUAUGAAAUUUCAUUUCUCAUAAUACCUAAUGGUUGUUAA